UGAGACUCGGUCCCGGCUCCACUGUCUGAGAGAAGUUAAACAGAAGCUAUGGAUUAAAUGAGAAGACAGAAAGAGAAAGAGAGAGAGAGAGAGAGAGAGCAUAAGAGAAGAUUGAGAGUUGAGAAACAGAGAGACGAUUCCUUACGUUCGUUCUAAGCCAGAGUAGAAAUUCUUUCAAUCUGGCUUUUUCGUUUGUUUGGCUUUCUUUCUCUCUCUCUGCUCUGCUCUGCUCUGCUCUGUCUCUUGUUCUUCUGACAUCUUGGUUGCAGAUUUGCGGUCUCCUUCUUUUCCUUUCUGUCUUCCAGACAAUAAGGCUGAGAAAGAUCAGAUCUGGUCUUUGGGUAUAUGCAUUAAAGAAGGAAGGAAGGUAUCCUAUGCUUCGUAGCGUACGACUAGAAAGUUCAGAAUUUUCAGUGAAAAUACUUCCGGUGGAUUAGCUAUUGGGGUAAAUUAUCAGAGUUUCUGUGGAUCCAUCGAUUGGUGUUGUGUUCGUGGAUCUUGCGGUUUUCGUCUGCUAUUCCCGAGUCUCGUCGCUUUCACUGGUUUUGUUUUCUAAUCCCGGGACCGGGUUGCCUCUUUUGUCUGCUCUUCGUGAAGCGAAGGUUCCCGCUGUUGAAUUCAUUUGGAGAAUCGUGGAUUCUGCGAAGGAGGCAAGCGUAUUAACGAGAUUCUCCUUCUAACCUGUCAUUUUCGCGUUUCCGCGGCGGUUUCAUCGAUUCUUUGCUCCACAAGAUUAUAAGUUUGUGUCAAGUUCUUGGAAUUUGGUAGUGUAGACUGAAUGGAAAGUGCAAGCAGUGGCGGUCGUCGUCGGAUGUCCCUGUCGGACCAGAUGGCAGUUCUUGAUAAAUCGAACCUCCGGGAUCUUCUGAGAGUAAGAGACGAAGACGACGGCCGAAGCGCCUUGGCGGGACUUACCCUAGGCGCAGUGCUCGGCUGCGAGGAGAAGACACCGGCUAGCCGAUCGCUUAUCGACAUCCUCAAACAUGAAGACUCCUCCCUCAUGGCUCACAACAACAAGAAGAACUGGAAGUCCUUCAAGGACCGUCUCCGUCUCCGCCGCAUGAGCGGCGCCGCUUGGACCUCCUCCUCCUCCUCUACUGCUACUACAAACAUCUGCCUGUUGGAUAGCACAAUGCAAACUUCAGACCCUAUUCCGGUCACUCCUCCCGUCGCCGCUACUUCCCCGGCCGAAGCAGUGGCCUCGGUUCGACCGGAAAAUUCAUCCGCCAGCCUUGCAAACCUCCUCGCCGAGCACAAUUUCUCGUCUUCGGAGGCGACCGCUUUCCCCAACCAAGCGGCCUUCACAAGGUUGGCGGCCGCAUUAGCGGCUGAGCGAGAGAUGCAACGGUCAGCAUCAAAUGCCGCAGCUCCGACAGAGGCAAGAAGCGAGGAAAUUCCGUCGACUUCAACGGUGGCGGUGGCGGAGGCACCGGGGAGGGUAUCGUUGAUGGCGUUGUUGGAGGAGACGGACAGGCAGGCCGGGGUGGUGGGGUCCACAUUCGUGACGCCGGUGGAAGAUGGAGGGGGGGAGUACGUGGACGACGAUGAUGGAGGGGAGUACGCGUGCUGCGUGUGCAUGGUGAGGCAUAAAGGUGCGGCAUUUAUUCCGUGUGGACACACCUUCUGCCGGCUUUGCUCCAGGGAGGUCUGGGUUAACCGGGGGAAUUGCCCACUCUGCAACGGCUUCAUCUUGGAAAUUCUCGACAUUUUCUGAACCUCCUCCAAUCCAAACACCCUCCUCCUCAGUCCUGUCCAGUGUCCACUCCAGAUUUCUUCUUUCUUGGGCUCUUGAUUUUUAAGACUUUUACUAUUAUUAAUUUGUGUAAUUAAGAUGCCAAAUUAGAUUCUACAUUUGAUUGAAGCAGAAAUUUUGUGAUGAAAUUCAACUGUGUUCUGCAGCUCUUAGAACCGUUGGAUUGGAAUCGGAAUGGUUUUUCUUUCUUACUUGCCUUUCUUUCCUAUGACUGUAGCUCUCGGAUAUGCUGUGAGGAUUCUGAUUCUAUGUGGGGUCACUGUCCCUCACACCACA